AUGGGGCAUGUUGUGGGAUUUGUGUUGAUGAAUCCUAAUGGUGGGUAUACUCCUUUCACAACAAGAUUCUGUUUUGAAUGUACCAAUAACAUUGCAGAGUAUGAAGCAUGUAUCUUGGAUAUUGAAGCUACAAUUGACACCCGAAUCAAGAUCCUUGAAGUGUAUGGAGACUCAGCCUUGGUGAUCUACCAAUUCAAAGGCGAAUGGGAAACCCGUGAUGAGAAGUUAAUCCCACACCGUGCCCACAUUCUGGAAUUGAUAAAGUACUUUGAUGAAAUCACCUUCCAUCAUGUUCCAAGAGAAGAAAACCAGAUAACAGAUGCUUUGGCUAUGUUAGCCUCUAUGUUCGAAGUCAAAUUUCUCAAUGAGGCAUCAUUCAUCAUAAUUGAGCGGAAACCUAUGCCAACCUAUUAUCUAUUGGUUGAAGAAGAAAUUAACGAGAAACUGCGGUUCUAUGAUAUCAAGAACUACUUGCAAAAUUAA